UGGCUUUCAGCUGUUUAAGGGUUGUUUUGUUUACGCAAGUCGUUCUCUAUCGUUCCUUUUCUAACCGACAGUGCCCUGCGCCUUUGGUCGUGCUCUAUCCAUCCCUGUCUUGCACCGCUCUGCUCUAUUGAUGCGCCGUUGUUGGCGCCCGCAGGAGUGUGUGUUUUGUUGUACCACAAGCGAGUUCGUCUUGGCCCCGAUUGUAGCAGAAUACACGUCCAUGCUCCAACGCCACCAGCCACCAGCCACCAGCCAUCCGCUGCAAAUAUGUGUACACAAAAUAAUAAAAUUGCAACGCAUCAAAUAUUAAAAUUAAGUGGUUAAACAAACCGAACCGUAUAUUUGCCUAACCUCACAGCCUUGCCACCAUGAACGGAUGAAUAAUUACAAGUGAAACAAAGCAAAGGCUUCUACAUUCGAUUGAGGACAGACUGCGAGAUGCGAGGACGGUAAGAGAGUGCUCCGCCCUAUUUUGAGGCUUGUUGCAGGAGGCUUGACACACAAAGCGGAGUGUUUUGCGGCAGAAGUGAGGGAUGCGAGGCGAGGCUGAAGUUGGUACAAUGUACGGCUCAGUGCUGGAAUGCGUGGCAGAGUGAACAACAAAUAUCUGGACUGGACUCUACAUAGCCAUCCAACUCGACUUCCAGUUUUGCAUUUCUUCUUUAAAAACAAAAGGAACACAGAAAAGAUCCAAAACGCAUUCUGCCGCCGGAAUGAGGGUGGGGGCGGAUGUGGUCUACGAUGGCCACGACUAUGGCAGUGAUGAAGCCAUGGGCAGUCCCCUGGACUGGCCAUUUCUGAUAAAGGGCAUCUUGGAGAACCAGACAUGUACCCCAACCGCACCGGAUACCCUGGCAGCCAUACUUUGGGCCAUAUUCGCGGUUUUCGGUAUCGUUUACGCCCUGCUCGGCUACCGCUGCCUUCGGGCCGUGGGCUUUCUAAGCGGACUAAUGGUGGGUGCCAAUGGGAUAUUCAUACUCCAGGACUUCCAGAUCACAUUCCUCGGCAAGCCGGCAGACUCGGCAUUGGCCAUUGUGGCCGGACUGCUGGGCGCCGUACUCGGCUCCACAUAUCCGGUUGCCUCGGUACUGAUCAGUGCCUUUGCCGGAGCCCUACUGUCCGGUGCCGCAAUGGCCGUUUGUGUGGCCACAAUGCCGGACAACGAAUUUGGGUACCGUGAAAUAUAUGUGGCCGUUGUGGGUGGCGCUGUUAUCUGCUCGGUGCUCACUCUGUGCUGUGUCAAAUACGUUACUAUACUCACCUCCAGCAUUGUGGGCACGGCCAUGAUCAUUGGAGCCAUCGACUUCUUCAUGCACGGCCUGGAGACGAUAAACUGGAUACUCAACAUGAGGCCGCAUCCAUUGCCGCCGCCGUGCUAUGGCGGCCUCUUGAUUGCCGCCUGGCCCGUGACCAUCGUGCUCAGCAUCAUGGUGCAGUGCUUCAUAACCGCCUGGCGGGUGGAUCAUCGCAAGCGUGUAUACAUGCGGCACCACAAUCAUCCCAACCAUCCCCAUGCUACGCACUUGCCGCACAGCCAGCAGCAGGCCGGACCGGGCCACGCCCAUGCACCCGUAAGACGCUCACAGUCGCGCACUCGCGAGACUCGCGAGGAGGCCAGACAGCGCAAGUUCCGCUACCUGUACCAGGUGCGAACGGCACGUGGCGACAUCAUAUCACAGAACUUUGUGUCAGCCCUGCAGAAGCGCAUUCAGCUAAGUGGCACAGAUACGCCAUCGGAGCGGUCGAUCAAGACCAGCUCGAACGAGCGGAACACCUUCAGAAGCGACCGCACCCACUUCACCACCAUCCACGACCCGGACUCGGAGCUGUGCGAUAAGAUCGAAAUUGUCCGUGACAUUGGAUAACAAACAAGCAAUAGCUACAUGUAACUAUACCCGUAAGGGGGGACUACGGGACUACUGUGGUACUCUGAAAAGGCUUGGACACGGGUCGGGGGAUAUAUCGACGGGGAUCGGCGGAGCGAGCGAGCGAAUUGAGGUCUAGCUGGAACAGCUGGAGAGUACGGUACACAGAAGUGCGGUUACAUGUUGAGGCUAUAUUUCGGGCGCAAAAUGCCUUACACUUGGACACGGAUAUGGAAGCACAAGCCAUAAUGGAGUUGUUAUAGAGGCUCCAUGAAUACACAUGGAAUAUUAACUGAUCUUAAAGACAUUUGAAAUGGUAAACAAUGGCAGUUCAGAGCAGAGAUGGGGGUGCUCCACUUGUUCGUGCACAGCUAGAAUCUAAGCCCAAAAUCCAUACGAUAAGUCUCAAAUGAGUCUAAUCUCUUAAUGAAAUGUUACAACGGAACGUACAUAUAUCUGUGGCAUGUAUGUAAUUCGAUUGAAAUGAAUGAGGAAGGAACGCAUUUAGUGUCUGCAAUAAGUUGACUUCUGCGGCGAGUGAUGAGUGUGAUUCACGAUGAGUCAUAGGUAUUUCGUAUUCCUGGAACUAAAACUAACUUAACUAACAACCAAAACAAAAACUAGUUACGCUUCUCCUUCUUCAAAUAUCGCAAUUUACUAUUCAGUUAAUAUCUGUGUUAAUAUUUAUACGAUACGAUAAACCGAGUUACGAGUUGGAGAUAUUUAUAUAUCAAGAUUGUGGCAUUUCGUUCCAUUUUAACUAUCAAAUAGUCCUAAGAACAUGUUUAAAACUCCUUCAAAAUAAAUAACAAGAACAAAGUGAAGCCAAGCACAGCAGAUAAUAAAAAAGAAAACAAACUAAAUACAAUUUAUAUAAAUAUAUAAUAAAAUACCUAUUAAGUACAAUAAAACAAAAAACAGUGAAGGGAAAUAUGUAAUAGGCUUAAGCACAUGUCCUUGUAUUACACUAUACACCAUAUACUAUGUACGAUUACACUGUCCUGUGUAGGCAGCUGCAUUUGGAUUUUAGACCUGUACAGCUGAACGAAAAUAUAUCCACUUAGAGUUAAGUUCAUAUGUAGCUUUAGCAAUUGAAUAAGCCAAAGUGAAGAAGACAUUUGGAUUGAUUGAUCGUAUGUGAAAGCGGGGAAAAAACGAAAACCCCAUUGAGAUAAACCCAGUACAGAGCCACUCGUUCAGCCGUCUUAGCAUUAGCCAUAGGGAUAAUAUUACCUAUAUUAUUAUGAUCUAAGAUCCUUUCAAAACUGCGGUACAAACUAA